AUGUCUGCAGCAUGCUACCAGACGUACCAUGUAAAUGACGAAGAAAAAGUCAAAGCACCGAUGGUAUGGAUCGGGAUCUACAUUGCAGUAGCAUCUCUAGUCUGCUCCAUAGCAAUGGCUGCGGAUGCCUUCCAUGGGUUCUGCCACAAAAAACUGUGGUUUCCAUGCAAAAUUUUCACUAUCAAUGCCGCUUCUCUAGCUGUAGCAAUGAAGCUGCCUGUGGAUCUAACUACCAACAUGCCAUUCAAAAAGGAUCAGCUCUCAAAACUUAGCAGCACCGCCUUCAUGUGUACAGCAAUAGGUAAUUUUAUGCCAUCUUUAAGAACCAUGGAUGACAAAGAUAUUCUAAUGAACACAAUAGCCUUGGCUAUUCUCACAAUCACCAUUCUUGCGAAUAUCAGCAUCCAAAGCACUGGCCUAUUAAGUAAUUCACUUAUGAUGGAACAUAUUGCAGUCAUGCUUUCCAUGUUUGUUUUGCUUGUAAUAUUGAGUUUCUCAGCUUUGAUGGUCCCAACCACUAAAAAACAUUUUCAACAGUUGUAUAGUGAUUUACACAAAAUCUCUUCAACUGAAGAAUCUGAGAAAAUUGGAAUGGCCACUGUCCAAAAAUUGAAAGAUUAUGUGAUAAAAUAUUGGACGAUGGCGGAGACAGGUAGCCCUCAAUUUGUGAUGGCUCGUUCUGUGACCUGCUUUGCUUCGGGGGCAAUAUGUUCGUUGACUACAGUCAUUUUAGCAGAAGCAGAGCUCCGGACAUACUUUAUUAACCCCUGUACUCCCAACAAUCAUUCUGACAAUUCCAAUCAAACUUCGGAUUAUAAGGAGUCACUCUUGUUAGUUCUUGUAAUUCAGAAUUUUGGGGUGUUAGUGGGUACAAUUGCGCCAGUAUUUAGAUGGUUCGUUGCCACAAAAUUCAAAUGCUCAGGAAGCAAAGGUAAGAGCUACAAAACUGAGUGGAAAACAGAGAAUUACUGGAUCGAAAGGCUAGUAGGGUGGACAGAGAGCCCCUUGGAUUUACGGAUCCAGAGAAAAAAAUGCAGAAAACUUGUUCACAAAACAAAGAAUCUAAUUCUGAGCAUCUGUAUUGGAGUUCAGAUUAUGAUUGUCACUGCUAGCAAAUUAGUUUUGCUAUUUUCCAGUAUCUUACUGAGCCCGUUGUUGUCAUGUUUCCACUACUGCAAGGUGUUAAAGCAGAAGCUCAUGUCUAAAUCUAAUGCCUCAAGCAAUCACACAGGAUCAAAAUCGGAACCAGGUACACAAUUGGAUCUCAGCUGUUUUGUUCUGUAUCUUGACAGUGAGGCAAAACUCCCCCAACAGAUCAUGUAG